AUGGAAGUAGAUCGUAUUUUAUAUAUUUUCGGCAGUUUCACGCGGAAGAAACAGGAUAAAAGGAAGUCUUUGGAACAACUUUCUUUGAGUGCUGGCAGCAGUCCUCUUCAUGGAAAAGCUUCUAGCCGUCCUCAAAGCCAGAAUCUGACCAUCGCACCUAGAACUUCGGCGUACAAUGAGGGUAAAAAGAGUAAAGCGAAGGAAUGGGACUGCGCGAUUUGUAAGAAGGAGCUUGUGGAACCUAGACUUCUUAGCUGUCUACACAACUUCUGUACCAGAUGCCUUCAAAGUCUGCAUCGGGAGGGGGAAGCGGAGAUGUGGAACGAAGUGGACGGUUCCAUCCAGUUAGACCCAGGAGGAUCCCGAUCCGGGUCAGGCAUUGGGUCCGCAGGUUCUGGAUACGAGACCGACCUGCGUCACUCAGGGUCAGAAGGUUCUUGGGAACAGAAACAACGCAAAUAUGGAAUAUAUUCUAGAAAGGUCUCAGGAAAAAGCACCAUGUUCCUUGUCUGCCCGACUUGCGGACACGAAACUCAGCUGCCCCUGGGAGGUGUAUCAGCUCUGCCUCUUAACUAUAUUCUUCUGAGAAAGAUGACGACUGCCCAAGACAGUGAUGGGGUCAACGUUCUCUGUGACUUGUGCAGCGCUGACAAUAAGGCGGAAAGCCGCUGCAAUCAGUGCCUUGUAAGCAUUUGCACGUCAUGUGAAGAAACACACGGCAGACAGAAACCCACAGCCCGCCAUUCACUGCACCCCCUCGAUCCUCCCCCAGUGAAGUACUGCAGCCAGCAUCCGAAGGCUGAUCUGAGUGUAUACUGCGCUACUUGUCAACAGGUGGUGUGUCGUGACUGUUGUAUCAUAUCCCACACGGGGCACGCUCUCGCCAACGCGUCUCGUGCGGCGGCUGAACGCGCGCGUGUGCUAAAAGACGCGUGCGAACGAGCCAAGAUGGUGCCGGAAAACGUAGAGCGAGCAGCCCGGACACUCAGUGCACAGGCUUAUGAGACUGACUGCCAAGCGGCGCAGGUGGAGAGCUCGGUGCGGUCGUGGGGCGCGCAGUACCGACGCGCUGUGGAAGCGCACACUCGCGCACUGUGCGGCGCGGCGGCACGCGCCCGCGACCUGCAGCGCGCGCGCCUCGAGCAAGGCACGCGCGCGCUCGGGGACGCCGCGCGACACGCCGGGGACGCCGUGCACUUCGCUGAGGAGCUCCUGUCCGAAGGCAAAGAAGACGAACUUCUUAUGCUAAGCGGACCAGUACUUCGUCGCCUAGAACGUGUGACAGAGCUGGCACCGCUGACUGAAGCCCCUCAACUUGAGCUGCGAUUUGCGCCUCGGGCUCCUUCUACUCACGACCCCACGAUAUUCGGCAGACUAGUUGCUCAAACCACUGACCCUGAGAUGUGCGUGUUGAAUACAGAAGGUCUACAAGAUCUUCGAGUAGACGUUGAACAUGAGGUGACACUGGAAUUACGUGACAAUAAUGGAGAAAAGAUAUGGUGUGGAGAUGAACAGGUGGCUGGUUACUUUCGCCGCCGCGAUUCGAGCGCUCGCCCGAGCUCAGCUCGCGUCACUUCAAGACCAGACGGAACUUAUACAUUGGCAGUUACUCCGAGAUCUCCUGGCGCCUACCUGUUGGCUGUGACUAUUAAUAACAAACCGAUAAAAGGCAGUCCGUUUACGUGCUGUGCGCGUGCGGGCGCCUCCCACUGGGGCGUGUACCACUGUUGUACUUUCUGUUCAUCGGGAGGCAAGAGGGAAGCGACUUGCGGCUGUGGAGCGCAAAUGCCUCAUGGAUACAAAGGUUGUGGCCACGGGCACGCGGGCUGGCCGGGCACGCGCCACUGGUCGUGCUGCGGCGCCACGCGGCGCGAGGCGGGCUGCGCGCGCCCCGCACCCCCGCAACGGCCCAACACGCAACUCUACCAGUUCUCUUUGUAA